AUGUGGGGGCUUGUUCGCUUUGUGUUGAAGGUGUGGUUGGUGUUUGAGAGAGUUUUGAGUAGCAUGGAGGAAGUUGUUGGAGAGUUCUCCCGCCGUCUGGCAAUCCAGGAUGAUGAAGAUUUAGAGGUCAUUACUGUUGAUGAUCCAACAUCUUUGAUUGCAGAGAGAUUCUGGCUAGUGGGGAAGGUCCUCACCGGGAAGAAAGUUAAUGUGGAGUCUUUCAGGCGUAUUAUAAGGAAGAUCUGGUUGACGAAGGAGGAGUUUUCCAUUUUGGAAUGGGAAAACUCGGAGCGGUUUGUCUUUUCCUUUAAGACGGAGGGAGAUCGAAGGAGAGUGUUGCAAGGGAGUCCAUGGUCGUUUGAUAAUUCCUUGCUGGUAUUGGUUCCUACAGAUGGAAUGAUCGAUCCGGGGGCGAUCCCUCUUACUCACCAGGAGUUUUGGAUUAGAGUGAAAGGACUGCCACCAGCACUCCUAACUGAUAAAAUGGGAAGGAAAAUUGGGAGUAGCAUUGGUAGAUUUGUGAUGACGGAUCCAACCGUGUUCGGAGAUGGGAGUGGCAGUUUCCUCAGGCUGAGAAUCGAGUUAAAACUUGCGGAACCUUUGAGGAAAGGUCUGAGAUUGCAGUUUGAUCCACAAGACGCUCAGUUGAAUAAGGUGGUGUUCGAGUAUGAACAUCUGCCUCACUUUUGUCUCUUCUGUGGCCAUUUAGAUCAUGUGGGGUUUAAUUGCCAGACAAGAAUUGAUGGAGUGGUUACGGAGGAAAAAUAUGGAUGA